GCCGUUUCCGGUCUCUCUCCUGUCACUUCCGCUCAGGUGCCCCCUCCUUCCGGCUCGGGCCGCACCACCGGUGGCAGCACCCGCGCGUGGAGUGACCCCCGCCCCGCCCCACCGCCGCCAUGUCGCGCUUCUUCACGACGGGCUCGGACAGCGAGUCGGAGUCGUCGCUGUCGGGGGACGAGCUCGCCCCCAAGCCCGUGGGCGGCAACUACAGCAAGCCCAUUCUGCUGAGCGAGGAUGAGGAGGACACGAAGCGCGUGGUCCGCAGCGCCAAGGACAAGCGGUUCGAGGAGCUGACCAACCUGAUCCGCACCAUCCGCAACGCCAUGAAGAUCCGCGACGUCACCAAGUGCCUGGAGGAGUUCGAGCUGCUGGGCCGCGCCUACUCCAAGGCCAAGAGCAUCGUGGACAAGGAGGGCGUCCCCCGCUUCUACGUGCGCCUGCUGGCCGACCUGGAGGACUACCUCAACGAGCUGUGGGAGGACAAGGAAGGCAAGAAGCGCAUGAACAAGAACAACGCCAAGGCCCUGAGCACCCUGCGCCAGAAGCUGCGCAAGUACAACCGUGACUACGAGGCGCUCAUCGCCGCCUACAAGCAGAACCCCGAGCAGUCAGCCGACGAGGACGAGGAGAAGAAGAGCGACGACUCAGAGGGCUCGUCCAGCUCGUCGGAGGACGACGAUGACGAGGGCAUCAGUGCCGCGGCCUUCCUCAAGAAGAAGGAGGUGCAGGGGGGCGACACCCGUGCCAAGUUCCUCAAGAAGAUGGAGGACGAGGAUUCGGACUCGGAGUCAUCAGACGAUGACGAGGACUGGGGCUCUUCCGACUCAGACUCAGAUUCGGAGUCAGAUGAGGAUGACGGCAAGUUCACUUCCCUCGCCUCCAAGUUCCUUAAGAAAGACGAGGACAAGAGGAGCUCAGAGAAGAAGCGGGAGGAGAAGGCCAAGAAGAAGCAUGACCGCAAGGCGCGGCGCGAUGAAGAUGAGGAUGAGGACGCUGAAGGCGGCGAGUGGGAGAAGGUCAAGGGCGGCGUGCCCAUGAGCAAGCCCAAGAUGUUCGCCAAGGGCACGGAGAUCACUCACGCCGUUGUGGUCAAGAAGCUCAACGAGAUCCUGCAGGCACGCGGCAAGAAGGGCACAGACCGGGCAGGGCAGAUCGACCUGCUGCAGCUGCUGGUGGCCAUCGCGGCUGAGAACAACCUGGGGGUGGCCAUGGAGGUGAAGAUCAAGUUCAAUAUCGUUGCCUCGCUCUACGACUACAACCCUAACUUGGCCACCUACAUGAAGCCGGAGAUGUGGCAGAAGUGUCUGGCCUCCAUAGACGAGCUGCUGGACAUCCUCUUCGCCAACCCCAACAUCUUUAUAGGCGAGAACAUCCUGGAGGAGUCGGAGAACCUCGGCAACCCCGAGCAGCCCUUCCGGGUGCGCGGCUGCAUCCUGACGCUGGUGGAGCGCAUGGAUGAGGAGUUCACCAAGAUCAUGCAGAACACGGACCCCCACUCCCAGGAGUACGUGGAGCACCUGAAGGACGAGGGGCGAGUGUGUGGCAUAGUGGCGCGGCUGCAGCGCUACUUGCAGGACAAGGGCAGCACGGAGGAGCUGUGCCGCGUGUACCUGCGCCGUGUGCUGCACACCUAUUACAAGUUCGACUACAAGGCCCUGCAGCGCCAGCGCGGCCCCGCUGGUGACUCCAAGUCGGAGCAGGACCAGGCAGAGAACGAGGGCGAGGACAGCGCGGUGCUCAUGGAGCGGCUCUGCAAGUUCAUCUAUGCCCGCGACCGCACCGACCGCAUCCGCACCUGCGCCAUCCUCUGCCACAUCUACCACCACGCACUGCACAGCCGCUGGUAUGCGGCCCGUGACCUCAUGCUCAUGUCGCAUCUGCAGGACAACAUCCAGCACGCCGACCCCCCUGUGCAGAUCCUGUACAACCGCACCAUGGUGCAGCUGGGCAUCUGCGCCUUCCGCCAGGGUCUAAUCAAGGAUGCGCACAACGCGCUGCUGGACAUCCAGUCAAGCGGGCGUGCCAAGGAGCUGCUGGGCCAGGGGCUGCUGCUGCGCAGCCUGCAGGAGCGCAACUCGGAGCAGGAGAAGGUGGAGAAGCGGCGCCAGGUGCCCUUCCACAUGCACGUCAACCUGGAGCUGCUGGAGUGCGUGUACCUGGUGUCGGCCAUGCUGCUAGAGAUCCCCUACAUGGCCGCCCACGAGCUGGAUGCACGGCGCCGCAUGAUCAGCAAGCAGUUCCACCACCAGCUGCGCGUCGGCGAGCGCCAGCCCCUCCUCGGCCCGCCCGAGUCAAUGCGGGAGCACGUGGUGGCGGCCUCCAAGGCCAUGAAGAUGGGCGACUGGCGCACCUGCCACCGCUUCAUCGUCAACGAGAAGAUGAACGGCAAGGUGUGGGACCUCUUCCCCGAGGCCGACAAAGUCCGCGACAUGCUGGUCCGGAAGAUCCAGGAGGAGUCUCUGCGCACCUACCUCUUCACCUACAGCAGUGUCUAUGACUCCAUCAGCAUGGAGAUCCUGGCAGACAUGUUCCAGCUGGACCUGCCCACGGUGCACAGCAUCAUUAGCAAGAUGAUCAUCAACGAGGAGCUCAUGGCCUCGCUGGACCAGCCCACGCAGACGGUGGCCAUGCACCGCACGGAGCCCACGGCGCAGCAGACGCUGGCGCUGCAGCUGGCCGAGAAGCUGGGGGCGCUGGUGGAGAACAACGAGCGGGUGCUGGACCACAAGCAGGGCUCCUACGGCGGCGGCUACUUCCGCGACCAGAAGGACGGCUACCGCAAGAACGAGGGCGGCUACAUGCGCCGCGGUGGCUACCGGCAGCAGGAGCGCAGCUCCAACUACUGAGCCCCAGCCCGGAUGCCUGGGUCCCUUGGUUUGGGGGGGGCGGGGGGGAUUAACGUGGAAUAAAGCCAGGAACCAAA